AUGUACCUGCUCACUGAAAGGAGGGGGUCAGGGAGGAGGUCAGGCGCUGGUGGGGGAGGGGCGGAUGGUGAGGGAGGGGCGGAUGGCGGCGGGACAAGGACCGGUGGCCGCCGCUGGGGGCAAGGCCGGGACGCCGCUCGCAGCGGCGCCAGGGACCGGCGGCCUCCGCGGCGGACAAGGCCGGCCUCCGCGGGAGGCAAGGCGGGGCCCCCGCUCGCGGCAGGCCAGGGACCGGCGGCCUCCGCGGGAGGCAAGGCCGGGCCGCCGGCGGGCCAGGGACCGGCGCCCUCCGCGGACUCCGCAGGCGGCGGGACCGGUGGCCCGCGCCGCGCCCUUCCUUCCUCGCUCCGCGGCGACCGACCGACCGAAGACCGGAUGGCGGCGGCCCAGUGGAGGCGCGGGUGGUGGUUCCACCAGGCGCCGCGCGGGUAG